AUGCUUGCGCGCUCUCUCUCUAUCGUCAUAAUAUUUCAUUCUGCCCGCCGUCCCGGGACGCCUGGCAGGCCUCUGCCUGCCCAUCCCGGGACAAACCUGGUGGGCCUCGCCAGCCCGUUCGUGGGAACAGGCAGGCCCGCGGUGACCAGUCCCAAGACACCUGGGGGGCCUCACCUGCCCCUUCCCGGAACCCGUAGCGGGCCUCGCCCACCCGUCAAGGCCCGCCCACCCGUCCAGGGACGCCUGGCGAGCCUCGCCCGCCCGUCCCGGGACGCCUGGCGGGCCUCCCCCGCCCGUCCCGGGACGCCUGGCGGGCCUCCCCCGCCCGUCCCGGGACACCUGGCGGGCCUCGCCCAGCCGUUCCCAGGAACGGGCGGGCGAGGCCCGCCAGGUGUCCUGGGACACCUGGCAGGCCUCGCCCACCCGUCCAAAGAAACCUGGCAGGCCCGGCUGACCAGUCCCAAGACACCUGGGGGACCUCACCUGCCCCUUCCCGGAACCCGUAGCAGGCCUCGCCCACCCGUCAAGGCCCGCCCACCCAUCCCGGGACACCAGGCCUUCCCGUCUCGGGACACCUGGCGGGCCCUGCCGACCAAUCCCAAGACACCUGGGGGGCCUCACCUGCCACUUCCUGGGACCCGUAGCGGGCCUCGCCCACCCGUCAAGGCCUGCCCACCCAUCCCGGGACGCCUGGCGGGCCUCGCGCCACCCGUCAAGGCCCGCCCACCCAUCCCGGACACCAGGCCUUCCCGUCUCGGGGACACCUGGCGGGCCUCGCCCGCUUGUCCUGGGACACCUGGCGAGCCCUGCCGACUAAGUCCCAAGACACAUGUGGGGCCUCACCUGCCUACUUCUUGGGAUCCGUAG